GCAAACAGUAUCUGUUACAGACAAGGGAACUAAAUAUAUUCUGAGCCGGACAACGACAUGCACAUGUAAAUCUCACAGACAUCGGCUCACUCUAGAGAAUCUCCAGUUGGACACUGUAUUUCUAUCAGCUGUUAACUAAUCCUGAUUGUUUGUCUGUGGCAGGAUUCAGUUCUGCGCAAGAAGGAAAUCACUGAGUGCGGAUUACUAAUGACAGUUUAUGUACGAACCAUGGCAUGGAAUGUGACCUAAACAUCUAAAAUGAGUGGGUACUAAAGAGAGGCAGAGUUUGGACAUCGACACUGCCUGCCUCUUGAGGGCAGAUUUUUGUUAUUUAAGGUCAUGGGACUGUCAGAUAAAGCCAUGAUUGGCCGAGGCCUCAAUAGUCCUGACCAAUUAGUGCGUGAGGCCUACCUGAUGGCAUAUGACUAUAUCAACUAUGUGACAGCCAAACCAGGCGUCCCGGUGGGUCCAGCACCAUCCCGUGCCACGGCCGCCCUGCGUCACGCUGGAGAUGAGCUGCUCACUCGCUUCCCCAUCUUCUUUCGCCGCUGGCCACGUGUUUUCCAGGACGUGACAGACCGAACAGCCUGCUCAACCCUCGUUUCCAUUCUGGACGAGCACUUUGCACCCACACGACGUAGAGAUCUCGCCUGGAGCGCCGUGCUGUCCGUGUUUGUUCUCUCUGGACAGCUGGCAUUGCACUGCGAGGAGAAGGGCAUGUCUGAUAUCCUGCCUCAGAUUCAGGAGUGCGUGGGCAGCUACGUAGAGAGGGUCAUCUGUCCAGAGAUCAGAGACAGAGGAGGAUGGUCAGGUUUUAUCAGUCGGUUCGGCGAGAAGCAGAAUCUCGAGGACCAGGUGAUGAAGGUGUGCUGCUGGUCUCUGCUCCUGCUCGGUGUGGGGAUCUUAGCCUACUUCCUAUGGAGAAGAACAAUUUAGACAACUGCGACAUCUGCUGAGAAAAUGUAAUAAGGACAUUCAUGAUUCGCUUGGUUUGUGGUAAGAUUAAGUCAACCCAUUUAUUAGUUUUUAAGCUAUAAGCACAACUUGUUAAAUAACAACUAGUAAAAAUAACCAAUCCCUUGUUAAUAAAUACCAUGUUAUCAACAUUUGUUUCCAGUUAAAACAGCUCUAAUUAUGCUGUGCUGGACAAAUAUAGUUAUAACUUAAUUUUACUGAAGCUAAUAUUCAUGUUAAAAUAAAAAUGAAAACAUUUUGACCGCA